UCAGAAAGGACAGUAUGGCCUAAUCUCUCUCUCAUUUCCAUUCUCUCUAUUAAUAACAACCAUAGCCCACUUCUUUCUCCCAUGCACUUGUCCUCUUCAAUUCAACCCACUCCCUCACUUCUCUUCUCCUCUCCUUCAUAUUCAUAUCAACAAAACACUACAAAAUAAACAUAUAACCACUUUUAUUUAUUUCUCUCUUAAAUACUCUCUCCCUAUACUCUCUUCAUUUUCUUCUCUCUGACAACCAACCAACCAAUUCCACUACAAAUUAUAAGGUUGUUGUUAUAUACCAAUAAACAUCAUCAAGUAUAUAACUAUUUCUGACACAUAGUUACUAAAACCUUAAUACAACAAUGUCUAGCAGAAGAUCUCGUUCUAGACAAUCUGGUGCUUCCUCUGAGAUCACUGAUGCUCAAAUCACUGAUCUCAUCUCCAAGUUACAACAACUCAUCCCCGAACUUCGCGCUAGCCGCUCCAACAAGGUUUCAGCUUCUAAGGUAUUGCAAGAGACUUGCAACUACAUAAAAAACUUGCAUAGAGAAGUUGAUGAUUUAAGUGAAAGAUUGUCACAACUUUUGGCAACUACAGAUUCCAACAGUGCUCAAGCAGCUAUUAUUAGGAGCUUACUUAUGUAAUAGUGUCUAGUUAUAUAUCUAUAUAUUAUAUAACUAUACUACUAUUACUACUACUACUACUCUUGAAUUUGUUUGUAUUGUGCAUGUCCUUUUCUCACUUUAUUGUUAUUCUCUUAUGAGUAGGGCUUAAUUUGGUUUGUAGACCAAGGAAAAAAAGGGCUAUAUACUAUAUAACCUUUGUUAGUCCUUGAUUAAAUUAGUUUGUGACACUUAAUUUCUAGUGAGAUUAUAUGAUCAUUAUCAUUAUCAUUA